UCAAUAGCGUGAUCGACGAGGUAUUGCGAGUAAAAUCAAUGAAGCAUACACCAGGGAGAUGAUUGAAAUACAUGAUCGUAGCGCAAGGUCUUGAUUUGCUAUCCCUCUUUAUUCUAUCUCCUACUGUGGCGGCAAACCGUGAAUGCUUGUGCUAUAAUUUUUUGCAAAGUGCGAGGAAGGUGAGACGAAGAGACUAGCGCAAAAUGGUGG